AUGAAAGUCAGGUCCUCCAGGUUGAAUGUAGCAUGGAAUGCUCUCUGCACUGGUGAACAAGAGCAAAGUCACUCAGCAGGUACUGAUAUAGUUCAUGGUAGAUGGUAUUUAUUAUAGAAUUGCAUAAUUGAGUAAAAUCACGCAUUCUGAUUGGUUAACGAAGAGAGGUAUUCAGUGUGGAAUUGCGAGUUGAAAACGAGGCUAAGGGAUGUUUUUUAGCAUCUACGUAACAACUAUCGUCAAAUUGUAACACAACAACUGCAAAAAGGUUUUCUACAAUGUCAUUUUUAAAAUGUUUUCAAAAUCAUUGUCACCUUUUGUAUAUCCUUUCUUAACAUACUGAAAUGUCGCCUGGUCCUCCACCUACUGUUCCAACCUAAACUGUAUUUACCUUUUGCAAAAGCGUCUAGUGCGGCUCAUAACAAAAGCUCACUAUCUAGCAAAUACCGCCCCUUUGUUUAGCCAGUUUUUAGUAAACACAGUACAAAAACAAGGAAACAUAAUGCAAAAAUAAGGAAAUAAAGUGCGAAUUUCUCAGAGAAUGAAAACCUGUGAUUGGCUAAUAAAUAAUCAGUGUUCUCCAGAAGUGCGGGCAACUGGCAGUUUCACUGGGAACUCUUUUUUCAAAGUGCCAGCUACUCUUAUGAGUCAAAACAUAAAAAAACUGUCUGUAACUUUUAUCUUCAAUUUUUCGUAAGUUCCAUUUUUUUUCCAUGAAGGGAAAACGGCACCGAAGCAAAUCGUGUUAAUUCAUUUCUUAGAAUACUAGAACAUGCAAUUUCAUCGGAAAAUAACAAACAAACAAAAAAAGCCACAAGAGCUUGUUUGAAAGUUUAUCGAAAAACACAUGAAAAUACAUGGAACUAAAGUGCCUUGAACAGCUACAAAAGAAGACAGGUGUUGUUUAUUCAUGGUUGUGAAGCCACUCGCUGAGGCACUUGCCGAUAGAUAGCUGCGGCUUGUUUAUCCGACAUGAAGAAUAUAAAUCACAAGCAACUAGAAUACACGCUAUGCAGCCAUUCACUACAGCAAUCGAGGCGUCAGUAAAGCUUCUUUUCUUGUUCAGCAAAACCAGCUUGUGGCUUCAAACAACGUCAUAACAAGCGACCAAGGUAAUAGUUUUUCUCCAUUGUUCUUACUUUUGUAACUGCUCCAAAAAUCCAAAUUCACAGUAAUUUUGAUGGCUGUUAAAAUUAUUUUUUUCUUCACGUUUUUUUAGCUGUCCCGCUGUGUAAAAUCCUAGAAUCUCGAUGAGUUUUUAAAAGUGUUCAUCUUUACAAUGUUUUGAUUUUUCAUUCAUCCAGUCCAGGCGAAGUCGGUUCAUGCGUUGACACUUCUGAUAGACAUGUGACAUGUGAAUAGCGGAACUCCCUUGUCUUUUCUGGUUUGUUCUAACAAGAUUCAAAGGGAUUUUGUGGGCGUUUUAAAUAAAAUAAUUAUUCCACUUGCGCUUGUUGGAUGAGAUGAUUAUUGCCAACUCGGCGCUAUGCGUCUCGUUGGCUAUUUUUUCCAUCUCAUAUCCAACGUGCCCUCGUGGAAUAAUUGUUAAUUAUAAAAUAACUAAGAUAGUAUCGUGCGCUCUGAUUGGUUAAAACCAAUAGUUUAUUGUGCCGGUAAAAUCAUAGAAAACUGAAACAUACUUUAAAGUUAUUUUAUAAAAGUAAAAGACCACAUUUUCUAAAGGUUUGCUGGUGUGAUAACCCACUUGGGAUGUUGGGAGAAGACUGGAAAAGCUUGUAAACCACCAGCUUAACUUCUCAGAUCUCUGGGUCUCAUGCCCCCAAACCCCCUUAGAUACGGUAUUCUCGCUUUACCAGCACUUGGUAUCAGGCACCAGUUACUUUACAUUGGGAGCUGGCUACUUUAAAACUUCUGGAGAACACUGAACAAUAGAAAUAUAUAAGAACCAAUGAGCCUCAGGUGUCACAAUCUGCUUGCUUAUCUUCUUAGCCAUGGAAGAACAUGAAAGUCAGGUCCUCCAGGUUGAAUGUAGCAGAAAAUGCUCUCUGCUUGGUGAACAAGAGCAAAGUCAAUCAGCAGGUACUGAUAUAGUUCAUGGUAGAUGGUAUUUAUUAUAAAACUUAAUAAUAUACAUGGAAAAAUUUCUUGAAUGAGAUUGGCUUAGAGCAGUGCAGUUUUUAGUAAACACAGUAAAAAAAGCAAGGAAACAUAAUGCAAAAAUAAGGAAAUAAAGUGCAAAUUUCUCAGAGAAUGAAAACCUGUGAACAAUCAGUGUUCUACAGAAGCGCAGGCGACUGGUGGUUUCGCUGGCUACUCUUAUGACUCAAAACAGUAAAAAAACUGUCUGUACCUUUUAUCUUGAAUUUUCAGAAGGUCCUAAAAGAAACAAAAACAAUAGCUUGUCGUAUACAAAAAAGCUCUUUGGUGUAUGACAAUUUGCCUUUUUGCUAAUGGUAUUAUCGAUAUAUUUACUGAAUGAUUUUUGAUGAGACAUUGCCAGAUAAUAUUUUUUAAUUAUAAAAUAACUAAGAUAGUACAUGCAUUCUGAUUGGUUAAAAAGCAAUAGUUUAUUGUGCUGGUAAUCUCAUAGUAAACUGAAACAUGCUUUAAAGUUAUUUUAUAAAAGUAAAAGACCACAUUUUCUAUGGAUUUACCAGCAUGAUAACUCACUUGGUUCUUGGGAGAACUCUGGAAAAGCUUGUAAAUAACGAGCAAAACUUCUCAGAUCUCUGGGCUUAAUGCCCCCAAACCCCUCCCUUAGAUACAGUACUCUCGCUUUAUCAGUGCUUGGUGUCAGGCACCAGUUUCUUUGCUUUGGGAGCUGGGUACUCUAAAACUUCUGGAUAACACUGAACAAUAGAAAUAUAUAAGAACCAAUCAGCCUCAGGUGUCACAAUCUGCUUGCCCAACUUAUUAAGAUUAUAUCUUAUCUUCUUAUAUUAGCCAUAGAAGAACAUGAAAGUGAAGUUCUCCAACUUGAAUGUAGCAUGGAAAGCUCUCUGCCAGGUGAACAAGAGCAAAGUCAUUCAGCAGGUACUGAUAUACCGGUAGUUGUUUAUGGUAGAUGGUAUUUAACAAUUAGUUCAUGCGUCAGCGUGCGUAUGUCGAGAUAUUGAGCACGCGGGAAGUUUGGAGAGCACGAAAGAGGCGUAAGAGUUGCACGAGGCGCAGCCGAGUGCAACUCUAGCCUCUUGAGUGCUCUCCAAACUUCCCAAGUGCUCAAUAUCUCGACAUACGCACAGCUGCAGCAUGAACUAAUUGUUUUAUAACAUUAUCAAAGCGAUCAAUGCAGCAGUUAACUGAAAAUUUUAUUAUUGAAGGGCGCGCUCAAAGCAGUACGCGUCAAUGUUUACGUGAAUAUAUCUUUUUUCCUCACAGUUAAUCUUAUGUUUUUAUCCUGAAACUGAGAGAAAGUGUACUCUAAAAUGAUUGUAAAAUCCAUAUUUAGGUGCCGGAAAACUAUUAAUUUACCGAAAAAUUGUUAUUGAGAGAAAACAACUUUGCAAAGAAUGAGCUCACGCCAUAGCCCGCACAGCUCGCGGAGAUGACAAAAACAACAACAACACUCACCUCUUUUCCUUACUAUCGGUUAACAAAUUCAAACGUUUCCUCUUAAAUUUCUUUACAAAACACAUGGUAAACGCUUCAUUGUCUAUUGCUGAGUUAUGGAUGCACUCAAGAGACUCAGGAUUGCUAAGCUCACAACAACUCGAGGAAUUACGAAUAGUUUAUUGACGUCAUCAGCGUGCUCAAUAGGAAUAUGAAGCACGCUCGCGCUAUUGAAUUUGAUUAGGCGAAUUUUCUAGCUAUGUUAUAAUUUAUUAUGAAGGUUAAUAAUAUACAUGAAAAAAUUUCUCUGUGAAUUUGAUUGGCAUAGAGCAGUGUACAUUUUAGUAAACACAAUGCAAAAACAAGGAAACAUAAUGCAAAAAGAAAGAAAUAUAAUGCAAAUUUAUCAGAGAAUGAAAAACUGUGAUUGGGCCAAUAAACAAUAGAAAUUUAUCAGAACUAAUUAAGUGCCACAAUUUGCUGGUGAGAAGCAUGUAUACUUUUAAAACUUCCCCCUUUUUGGUGUAAUUAAUUAUGCUCUGUUGUCUUACCUAAGUAAUCUUUCCUUUUUCUUGUAACACUUUUUUUCUCAAUAUUUUAUUUUAUGAAUUUACCUGAUUAUUUUUAUUUAUUUAUUCAUUGUGGGUUGUUUUUUUUUUUUCAUUUUUGUAACCAAGAUUUUGAAAUUAAUAAAGGUGUGGGUGGGCGUGUGUGUGUAACAAAUAAGAAUGUUAAAACUUUCAUAUAUAUAUUUUUACAUGGACUCAAAAGAGCAGCUAUAUAUAAUGAGUGAUUUUGUUACCUCUGCAUUCUAUCUAUGUUCCUGACACAUAAAAAUCGCCAAAGACAUAAAAUAAUUCAUGGAUAUAUCGAUCUGAGCGUGUGUAUUUGUAGAAAUAUCCCGUGACGUGUAAUUUCUGUGGCAGUUAUGGUUGUUGUUUAGUGAUGCAUAUUUGUUUUAGCCUUUGUUGACUUCUGCUUUAAAAUAGAAGAACUAUAUUUUAAUUUCAGUAUACUAUAAUACAGAGUUUUGGAGUGUGUCUUCAGAUUAACUGUCUGUGGCUGGUACAUAAAGGCCCAAACAUUUGCCAUUUUGGACUCAUUUUUUUUUAACAGGGACUCAUUGGUUCUGGACUGGGACUCAUGAUUUCUCACAAGAUGAGUCCCAGAAUUCAUCACAUUUAUUUGUAACAAAAACACUGUAUAAUUCAUUGAUUAGACCUUUUGUCAUGUAAUUCAAGUGUUGUUGUUGUGGUAAACAUGACAAGUCAUCAUGUCUGUACUUAAUUCUCCAUGACUGGAUUGUAGGAUUUUUGUUCUGUUUGUAUUUGAUCGUGCAUUAUUAUUAUGGGAAAACUUACCUUAGGGUUGCAUUACUUUGACUAGGACAAAGUUAAAAUACAUUGAAUUCUCAUAGAGAUAAUUAUUUUUUGGAUUAUAAUAAUGAGUUCAUUGGUUGGGUCACUCCCAUUAUAUUUGAUGACUGGUUUAUGAAAUAUCAGCACUUAGAAAAUGAUUGUCAAGGUUGUUGUAUUAUCCGAAGUUUCAAAAGUAGAAAUAUUGUGUAUUUUCUAUUUGAAAUCAGGUUUUGAGAACACUUCCACAGAUGCAGCUUUAUAAUAGUAAUUCUUGUACAGUUAUACAAGCAUGCAGUACUAGGGUGCGAAGAAAAGGAGGUCAGUUUUGUGCUUGUCCUUCGGGAAGGCUGUAGCUUGCAUCUGUUAGCCCAAGAAUCACAACUCUAUUAUCCAUCAGGCAAGAUAAAAAAUAGAAUCCAUUAGCCCCAUAGCUUAUAUGAAUUGUGUAGUUGGUUAAUACAAAUAAUUCAUUUACUAGGAGAAGAGUUGGAACAACACACUCCUGCAGUAGAAAAUGGCCCAAUUGAGGGAGCAAGCAAUGUGCAGGAAACACAGCAACCUCUUCCAGAAGUAAAUAAUAGUAGCCACUUAGAAGAUGACCGCCUAAUUGCUAGAGCAAGGGCAGUUGGUGUGGACUAUGAGUUUCCAAAGCCUGGUGAAGUGGAAACGCAGGAUGACAGAAGAUAA